UGUUGUAUUUGCUUUAAUUUUUUAAGUGCAUUAUGUUUUUGAACAAAAACGCAAAAUAGUAUGUUCUAAUAAGAACAACAUUUUUGUUUUCACGACUGAAGGUGCAGGUAACACACCUGUAAUGUUGGUGGAUAAAUAAAAAACAUCCAAUUAUAUCGUUAUUAUGCUAUAUUAAUCAUCCGUUAUACCAUGUUUUGAUAAUUUUGCAAGAGUGAUUAAAAUGAGAAUUAAAAUGGAUGUUUCAUAAUUCAUUUCUAUGCAAUAAAUAAAGCACAUGCAAAUGGUUUUGGUGGUUUGUGAGUGAAGGUAUUGUGUGACAAGUGAGCUUCAUCCCCCAUGAAAGAAUGGCCCAGAGAUCUCUAAUUGUGUACUACACUCUGAGGGAAACGCUAAACACAUUUGACACUCCAAAGUAUGUGAACGACACACGUGUAAAGGAAAUGCUGCACGCAUUUCAUCACGACUGUCAGCUGACUCCAAUGGAGGAGCGGAGACUGGAGGAAUUCGAGAAUGACGACAACAUGCGAAGAAAGCCACUCAUAGUCAUCGAGGGCACUGAUAGAGAUACCAGAAGGAUGGUGGCGAAGAAGCUGGCGUAUAACUUGGGAGCCAUGUUGAUGAGUAGUCCACCAACAUGUCUCAACCCGAUGAGAGAUUACUUCACAGACAACCUGGUGUUGCGGAGAGCUUACUUCUCACUGUGUAUGUACGCAAUCGCCAUGAACGUUACUCGCAACUGGUACAACCACACCGUUGUGUUGGGUGGAUACUGGCACGAUCAAGCAACUUUCUCGAUAGCGAAGAAGUACACGCUAAGGAGCAUGCCUGCGUCUGAAUCUCCGAUCUUUGAGUGGCCAGAUGAUCUGAUACCUCCAGACGUCGAGUUCUUCAUCAACGUUCCCCAGAACAAAUACGAGGCCGGUGCUGCAGUCAACACAUUCAAGCCGAGGCUAGUGGAAGCUUACAGAAGAAUGAAAAACCCAUCUGUGUUUGAAAUCAGUGGCAACAUGUAUCAUGACCAAAUACGAUUCGAGAUGGAAAUCUAUUUGCAGAAGCUGUACAGAGAUAACUAUAGAUACAUAAUAAACACAUUAAAUCAUUAAACAGAAUUAGUUAUUAUUACUAGUUUUUAAUUUUGGACUGGAUCCUUGUGGUACUUGAAUUGGGGAGAAUUGAUUCACGAGGGAGUAGA